UAUUAGUGUGCAUGUCGAAUUUUUUGGGGAUAAAAAAAUUAUCAAAUUGUUUAUAGAAAGCGAAAAUAUUUUAUCAACACAGAUAACGCCAUUUUAUACUGAGAAAAGAUUUAAACGCUUUUUGUAGAAUUUGUCCUACCUUGAGCAGGCAGUAGCAGGUUAUAGGGUUUGGUACAGAAUGUCAGAAGGGGACAGUGCUGCAGAUUCUAUCCAUGGCAAGCCAUCAGCGAUCACACGAUUGUUCACAAAAGUUUCACAGGUGUACCAGUCCUGGUUAGACCGUUCAACUCCAUUCACAGCAGUACGAUGGGUUUUAACUCUGCUUCUAAUUGGUGUUUAUAUGCUUAGAGUUUAUUUGCUACAGGGAUGGUACAUUGUAACAUAUGCUUUGGGAAUUUAUCAUCUCAAUCUCUUUAUUGCAUUUUUGUCCCCAAAGGUGGACCCUUCUCUCUUGGAAGAUUCAGAUGAUGGACCCUCACUGCCUACUAAGCAGAAUGAUGAAUUUCGGCCCUUCAUUAGAAGGUUACCAGAGUUUAAAUUUUGGCAUUCAGCAACAAAAGGUGUUGUUAUUGCAACAGUCUGCACAUUCUUUGACGCUUUCAACGUGCCUGUUUUUUGGCCAAUCCUGGUCAUGUACUUCAUCAUGUUGUUUUGUAUCACCAUGAAGAGACAGAUCAAGCACAUGGUCAAGUACAGAUAUAUUCCAUUUACACAUGGGAAGAGGAAAUACAAAGGAAAGGAAGAAGUGGGGAAGACGUUCUCCAGCUGAAUAACAUCAUGAUGGAACACAGCAAUUUUUUCCAUACUGUAGAAGGGGACGUAGUUUUGAGCCACUGUUAACAGUUGCCUUCUCUGUCUGUUAACACAGUUUUAGCCAAAGAUCAGCUGUGAAAAGGCAGUGCAAUCUUAAUCGAUAUGGGAGUGGGGAAGGAUGCUUUCUUUUCUGUCUGUGAAAGGUGUGAGGUACAGGUUUUAACUUUCAUCCACAUUGCAACUUUGAACUAAUUGUGUUUGGGUGUUAAAUCUUCCUGCUAAGGAUGAUGCAUCAAAACCACUAGAGCAAAAGGAAGUGGGGUCUGGACUUGUAAUUUUGCACUUGUAAAUUUAUGGGAUGGACAUCAACCAGAUAUUGUUCACUGCAACUUUAUCUGUCAGCAAGCUGAGGGUUUCUGGAAAGACUGAAAGAAAUUGAGAAGAACCCAGCCUGGAUGCAGCGUUAUGGUUAUUUGUGGCCACUCUAUAUUGACUUCUUGAGAAAGUCAUAAAUAUAAUUAAACAAAAUGUAAGCAGACUACCACAAGAGUUGUGAUUCUGAAUAUUUCAAAGAAUGUGGUAUUAAACUGUGACUCUUAAACUUUUGUAAGCUUGGGUCUACUUUCAUGACUCAUGAGUACUUAAUUGGAGUGGGUGGAAUUACAAAUCUCUGUGACAAUGUCUCAAAACUGUUCUCCUUUACAGCAGUGAUCUCCUUUGAGGGCCUUGUAAAGGUAUAAAUAUAUAUAUAUUUUUAAAUGUAAAACUUGAAAUUAUUUUGAAUGCCUUUUUUUUCUUUAACUAUGAAGUUUUAAUUAAUUUAUAGAUUGAUUUCAUUUGAAAUCCAACCCCAGCAGUUUUGAAAGAAGUAAACAGAGUUUCUUUACCAGUUCUAGCAUUGUUUUUUUUCAGGACAGUAACCAUUUACAAAAUAUGCAUGUAUAUUUUGAUGCACAGCAGGUUCAGAGCAAAAUGAUUUUUAACUGUAAAAUUUUCCAUUCCAAGGUUUAUUAAAGAAAUAGUGCCCCUUUU